AUGGCGGAAAAUAUUAUCCAAAGUCUGCGGGCGCUCGCAAGCAAAAUUGAAGAUCUCGGGGAGGGAGCAGACAGAAUUAUCAGUAACGAUAAGGUUCUGGCAUCUGAUUUCCAAAAGUUGCUGAAAGUGGUACCAGCCGAAUGGAAGAAAUCUGGUGAGAACAGACUAUUCUCACAAUUGCAGAAAACGGCAAAAGACAUUAGCAUCAAUGAGCGUCACAGGGAGGUAAUUUGGAGUUGGAAAGAAACACACGAAGAUUUUUGUGCGCGUCAAGCCAGGACUACCGUCGACCCUCAUAAUACUCUACCAUUAGAUGGGUUAAUUGACGGGAUUGAAAGUGAUGAUACCGAACUUAUUCUCAGCUCAGUACAUUGGAGACUUUCGUUGCUGGCUAUUACCGUUGUGAAAGAUGUUGUCUGUCAAGGUACCACUGAUGAUACUGAGAUCACAAAAUGUUUUCAAUCCAAUGGGCUUGUUUCAACCGGAAAGCUCUCCUAUCUGAAUAAAAACAUGCGCCGUUGGCUGGAAGCCGGAGGGAAGUACCGAGAUCUAUCGCUCAAGCUUGGUGGAUAUGGUAGUCUGAUCUAUCUCCCAGAUAUCGGUCGCACAAACUACGAGAAAUAUUACAACCCAACGCAACAAUCAGCGUUUGCUGUUAUCGGCGUCCUCGCUGGAUCCAUUCCUCGUGCCGCUGCGCAGACUUUCAACGGGAUUGAUGCUCAUAAUGUGGUGGAUGCAAUCGUCCAGAGUACGAUUGAUAGGCUCAAUGACUGCCGUUUAAUUCUUAUUUCGUCUGCAAAUGUGGGUACACAACAAUCGACACGUACCACUCGAGUUGAAAAACGUCGCGUCAAAAACCAGUCCUCUCAGACACGGAAGAGGUCUAAUGAAAAUAGUCAGAACACGCCUAGGUCAAAAAGAGUAGCAAAUACAAAUAACGACAAUAUUGGAGCUCGCCAAUCUGAACCAUCAGCCGAAGAGGUAGCUUUGGCCCUGUGGAAUAUCCGAGACGGUCGACCAAACCUAUCGGCCAAUGAGCGGUCUCUACCUGCUUACAGAAGAAUUGCUUAUGACUCGGCCGCAGAAGCGCAAAGGUCAUACAAUCCUUCGGCGAACGUUGCCGGUAGUACAACUUCGAGUACUGAAGCCGCCGAGACCACAUCAGAAGUUGAUGAUGGGAGCAAUAUAAUGUCAUCGGAAAGGUCUUCCGUUAAUUCGAUGUCUAGCGAAGCUUCUCGUUAUUGGAUUUCAAGCUUAGCAGCGGGUUGCAACUCGCGAAUUCGGCCAGUCAAUAAUGGGUUGUCGGCUGGACAGGCUGACUUGCUUCCUUCCACUUUCCGCAACCAGCAGGUAGCUUCCGAUCCAAUCCCUACUAUGAGUGAGGAGCAACUAUCCAGUAGACAACAUCAGUAUUCCUCAGCAACUGAUCACGUCUUUCAGCCGGGUGUUUCGAAUUUAGACUGGCAGCAGCUGAGCAAUCUACAGGAAACAAGAAAGCAAGUGGAAUCUGGAACGUCUCUUCACGAUAACAUUACUCAAGGAGAUCUACCAAGAGACUCGACUCCAGCGCUGGAUGAUUUCCAACCUCCGGAAUUCGAACUAUUCCCACAAAUUCCUGAAUUUGAUCUUUUUCCACAAUCCUCUUCUCUGUUGGAUUCUUCUAGCCUUCCAAACUUUGAUGUUUUACCACAACUCCCUGAGUUUGACCUAUUUCCAAUGCUGAGUACAAGCUCAGCUCUUCCUUCUCAUAUCAGUCUUCCAUGA